AAAUAGGCGAAUAUUCUAUAUAUAUGUAUAUAUAAAAGAAUAUCUCUCUUAUUAACUCAAAUAAUUUUUCGGACUAAAAAGACAUUUAUUGCCGGCACUACCGCCACUAUAUCUCUUUGCAAAAUAUAUUCUAUUAAUUCAGAUGAUUUUUCAAAUAUUAAAGUUCGACGGUUCAAAAUAAAAUAAAAUCAUUACAUGAAAUUGGACGAUGGCGCGCGCUUGUAAUAUGUUUUUUAAUACGUUCGAAAAAUCAUCUGAAUAUAUAUAUAUAUAUAUAGCAGUUAUCUCUUCAUAAAAUAUAUAUAAUCUACCAGACAAUACAAGCGCGCGCUGCGAGGAAAAGCAAUAACAAUAAGCUUCGAUAUAUGCGAGUAUCGACUUAUUUACAUCCCUUUGUUAGAAAGGAAUUUUUAAUUAACAAAAUAAAAAAUUAUCCUUGAAGACAGAGCAUAUAUAUAUCGCACGCAUGUGUGACAACAAGACAUCGCGAGACAUCGGUUAGUUUAUUUUAUCUGUCGGAAUCUGCGAUCGUUGUAGUAGACCGCAAAGAAUAUUUACGAAAGUAUACGACUUAUUUAAACAAGGCACACAUGUGUGUAUGUAAUUCUUGCGCAUACAUCGUGAUGUGCACAAGACGCAAAAGCCCAGCGGAAGUCGCGGAAGUAGUCGCUUCGAAUCUUCUGACGCUGGCAGACGUGGAUUCUAUACAAGAGACAGUGUUAAAGUUGAAGAAUGUAGUUAAGUCUUAUAGUUAAGUCGCGAUAAACUUAUAUAACACGAUUUCCUAUUUUUCUCACAAUUAAUCUCUUGACAGUUAUCUGCUGUCCAUCAGUACAAGCUAGAUAGAGAAGGACAAAUUUUAUUAUCCCCAGUCGUCGCUAAUCAACAGUAAAGUGCAGUCGUCCUUUCAUUGUCAGUCAGUCAGCCAGACAGUCAGUCAGUCAGUCAGCCAGCUAUCUUCGAUUCUCGUACAGCUGUGAUGUUGCGAAACUUAUAUGAUGAAGACACCGUGCAUAGAACGGAAUUCGGGCACAAUGGAAAGAGGAAAUCGGCGUUUAAUCCGUUAAAAAUAGAUCUGUCGAUGGUGUCUAACAAGGAGAAAUACUAACUGAAUAUGAAAAUAUUUGUGUAUUUUGCAGAGCCGCUUUGCGCGCUAUUUUACGAUCUCACACUACGAAUUUUCGUGCCACAUGUUUCCUGUCAAACGCAAUAGCGAACUGUCACAAUCUAUUCUGAAAUCUUAUCAGAGAAUUAAAAAUUGGGAAUCGAAAAAUUUAAAAUGAAAUCAAAUUUCGCAUUUAUUAAUGUACAAGCUAAUCGUUGAAAUAUGAAGGAAAUAUUUGUAGAAAUGAGAAAAUAAAUAUAUCGCGUGCAUGAAGCUUCUCUGCUGAUUCCUCUUCAAGAUCCGAGCGGAUGGUCGGACGGUAUUGAAAACUUUUAAAAAUUCUUUUCGAAUAAAUUGCGAGGCGGACAUCAUGAAGGCGAGACAAGCGGAAUUAUGGCUAGCGAUGCUAUACACAGGAUCCAUGGUGUUCUGCAUCACGUCCGUCAUAUCGUUGGUGACAGUCUGGCAGCAUUGGACAUGGACAUUGGACACUUGCCUUGACAUCGAUUGCGGCUGCAUAUUAUAUGGUACCAGCACAUUUCGUACAUUCCUCGGCGGCAAUGUCAAGGUCUGUCAUUUUGGUGCCUAUGGUAUCACGCCCAUAAUCCUGAUUGCCAUGUGUUUCGGCGGUUUUCAUGGAUACAGAUGUUGCAUCUACAAAAAUCUGGAUGAUCCUAAGCAAAUUAGCCGCAAGCGAACGCAGAACGAGGACAGAAACAAUCUUAAUGAUCGGGUCGUCGUGGUCCACGUGAAAAGUAGAAGUGCUUUUAAACAAUGGAUGCCCACAGCUUUUUUUGCAGUGUUAAUCUGCUGCCUAUGUUUUGCCCACGCGGUCGUGAUAACAGAUGGCUAUUAUAAUUCUUGCAAUCAAUACAGAAGACAUCUCGUUGAAAUAUUGGGUUCGAGAGGCCGCGAAAUUCAGGCGAUUCAUAACAGACUAUCGUGCGGCGCAAUUUUCGAUUUCAUGGAUUAUCUUCAUCCGGAUACCAACCAUUGGACUCGAGGCAGCGAGAUCAACACAGGAAUAGCGCUCCAGCUUGCGAUAUCCAUGAGUUGGUUCAACUUCUUCGCUUGGCUCGUCGCGUGCUUGAUAAACUUCAUCAUGGCGAGAAAGAGGCUGCACGAUUUAGGGGAAAAAUUCUGCUGCUGUUGCUGAAUUGUUCGCGUUUCUGACAAGCGUGCCAGCUAGCCGGGACAGUCUCAUCUCAGGUGAACGGGUUGCUCCGCCUCUUGAGCGAUCCGAAUCGCUUCUCCGACGCUUCGCGGAUCACCUCGAAGGGCGCUACCUUGGUCCGUCCAGCUUGCCUCUCCUCGUUCUCGUCACUGGGAAAGUCCUCGAAGCUCAUGUUGCUGAAGCCAGCGGUUGCGGCUGUGCUGCUCUUCUUGCCCUUGGGCGUCUUCUUGUGGUGACUCGUCGACUUGGUCUUGUGAGAAACCUUGUGCGUCGUCUGUAACACGUUGACGAUGUCACCGUGGUUCUCGUCGAUCAGAUGAUACUUGGACUUGUCCGACUUGGAUGACUUCUCUUUCUUGUUAUGCUUGGGAGUGUCAUCAUCCGCGACUACCAGGGGCUCGGGCGACAUGGGCGAGAUCAUGUCGCACGUAAUGUCCACCUUGGAGACGCUGUUGACCGCGUGCACGGUGAUCCUGGCUGUGUGCGCGGUCGGUUGGAUCAUAUAAGUGGGUGUAGGUUGCGACAGAGGCUGCGGCUGCGACGGUGGUGUCGGCAUCAGAUGAAUGACGGUAUUCUUCGGGGACUGCAUGACACUGCUGACAGGUAACGUCGACGUGGUGGUCAACGCGUUAACGUUAUCCACGUAGUUGGGCGACUGCGAAAGCGACAGAGAUGUCGGACGCUGCUGUUGCUCGUUGAUCUUCAGCGAGGCGAACUCGUCGAACGGGAUUGACCCGAAGAGGUCCUUGGAAGGUUCAUUGGAGGCUGAAAGUUCGUUCGAGUUCACCGUCACCUUCCCGUAUUUCGAUGUCGAAGCGAUUGUGCUACUGGAGUGACUAGCGUAAUAAUUAUCCGAGACCACGUUGUUGUGAGACGACUGCAGCUGAGGGACGCUGUAAUCGAUAUAGGAAGAAGAAGAGGAGCCCACCGGACUCAGAAUCGUCGGCUGAGCUGACGUCGAGUCGACAUACGUGGAUUGAACAUUGUUGAAGGGAUUGGUGAAUCCACUGGGACUGAAGGGCGAGGAGCCGAAGAGAUCCUUUUCCGCGUCCUCCUGCUCUUCUUCCUCCUCAUCCUCCUCCUCCUCUUCAGCAAUGCCGACACGAGGGUUGCUCUUGACCGAGGACGUUUGAACGACGCUCGAUUGACGAGGAAAGGAUGACGAUUCCUCGUAAUAGAUAGUUUUGUUAUUCGCGAUGCUUUUCGAAUACUUGCAGGACAAAGUGGUGGGCCUCGGUGGCGGAAGCGCCGUCGUUUUACUCUCUAUUAUAUCCGCGAACACCACUUCCGGAAGGGGCGAACUGGAGAUAGGCGUCACCAGAUUCGAAUUACGAGGCGAAUUCCUCACGCUGCCGCUAGGAUCGACGUUCUUGGACUCGCUCUCGCGACUAUCGCUGCUCUUUCUGGAGCUGCUGGACCGUGGGAAUGGCGCCAAAGCGAACACGUCGUUCUCCACCUUCCAGAUACCGUUUUGGAUCAGGGAUUUGGACUUGUCAUCGUUGUUAUCGUCAGACGAGCUGUCACCGUUGUUGAAGAGCAACGGUUUAGACCCGUAUUGAUGUCGCACGAAGGGAUCCCCGUGCGAUUGUUCUGGCUUGGACUCGGGAUCCAGUUCGUCGUCCAGCAGAAGCGGUUUCUCACCGUACUGAUGACCCACGAUCGGAUCCGCGUCGAUGGUCGGUAGCUGUUGCGCCUGUUGCUGGCGAUAGUGAUGCUGCCUCCUCGGCCUCUUCAUCCUGUAGUCGUCCUCGUGAGUCGCCACGGACUCGCAUUCCGCGUGAUAAGCAGAACUACCGCAUGUCCGCACGCUCUCGGAGAUGGUCUCGUCGUGGCGCUUGCCCCGUUUGUCGCCAUCACCGUCCUCGUUCUCCUCCCCGUCCUCGUCGUUUCCCUCCUCCUCGUCGUUCAUCGCCCGCAGGUCGCUGGCCGAGCCGAUCGAGUCGUCCGACUCGUAAUCCACGUUCUGCGCGUUGCUGUUGUCCGCGUUCUCGCGUUGUUGGGCCGCGACUCUUCUCUUGCCGCGGCUCAGCACGUUCUUCACCCGCCGCCUCGUCUUCCUGGCUCGCUCCUUCGGACCCAUCCUCUUCCCGUCGCUGUCGCUGGACACCUCGUCGGCGUUGAACGCCAGCUUCUCGUACUUGGAACGAUCCUCCGCGGGCGCGCGAACGAACGGUGGCGAGACAGGACUGGACUCCGUGAUCAGGGACGCCUCGUCGUCGACACCUCCGACGACUCCGCUGCCGACGUGCUCCAGCCCGGAGUUGUUCCACUGCGUCCCCAGAGGCACCCUGGUCGAUUUGCCUGCAAAACAGAACGUCGCAGAACGAUUAUCGUCCAAUUAAUCGUAGACCAGAGUCUCGAUAUAAUGGAUCCUUAUAGGACUUGAAAAUUAGUUCAGCAUAUAAUGAAUCUGUUAUUACCAAUACACAUUGCCGUACUUACCUA